UCCCCGACCAUGAGUUCACUAAGCUACUCUCCUGAUAAAGAAGAGGAGAUCUGCUGGACGGAGAAAGAAGCUCUGGUGAAAGAGGAGGCGUAAGAGGAGGCUGUUACAAUACAAAAACAAGUAGCGGGUGAGGCUGUUACAGAGAAAGAAGAGGAAGACGCGUUCAGAGUGAAAGAGGAGUAGGAUGUUACAGUAAAAGCAGAGAAAGAGAAGGAUGCAGUUUUUAGAGUGAAAAGGGAAGAGGAAACUGGAUAUCUGGGCCCGGUUUCCCAAACGCAUCUUAAGGCAUCCAAUGGUUCUAAUGAUGAACGGGCCCUAAUUAACACUAGAGAGAGACGGGACAAUCGUGGAUCUUCAACAACAUCAUGAUGCUGACGAGGCAGAGAAGAGUCUCUCCAGAUCAGAACACCUCAAGAAACACAUGCAGAGACCCACAGGGAAGAAAUCUCACCACUGCUCUGACUGGGAAGAGUUACUCAAGAUCAGAUUCACUUAAACUACUUAAGAGAAUACACCAGCGAGUACACACAGGAGAGAAACCUCACCACUGUUUUGACUGUGGGAAGAGUUACUUAAAAUCAGAUUCACUUAAACUACACCUGAGAAUACACACUGGAAAGAAUCUUCACUGCUGCUCUGACUGUGGGAAGAGAUUCACCUCUUCAGUAGACCUUAAAAUACAUCAGAGAAUUCACACUGGACAGAAACUUUUUGGCUGUGAUCAAUGUGGGAAGAGUUUUACUAAGCCAAGCAACUUGAACUCACACCAGCGAAUACACACUGGAGAGAAACCUUAUGGCUGUGAUCAAUGUGGGAAGAGUUUUACUCAGUCAAGCGGCCUGAUAUCACACCAGAUAACACACACAGGAGAGAAAUCAUAUAGCUGUACUCAAUGUGGGAAGAGUUUUGCUACAUCUGUCUAUCUGAAGAUACACCAGAGAAUACACACAGGAGAGAAAUCUUAUAGCUGUAAUCAAUGUGGGAAGAAUUUUACUCAGUCAAACAGCCUGAUAUCACACCAGUGGACUCACACAUGAGAUAAACCUUAUGGCUAUGAUCAAUGUGACAAGAGAUACUCUGAUAAAAUAUAUCUAAUCAAACAUCAGAAAAUACAUACAUGAAGGAGUUGUUUCACGAUAUCAAUGAAAUAUUGUCACAAUGUAGAAUGUUUUAACAUUGUAGUAGGAGUAUUUGAAUGAAUGUCACAAUGUAGAAUGUUUUAACAUGGUAGUAAGAGUAUUUUAAUGAUGUCACAAUGUAACACCCUCAAUGUUUGCCCCCUGUUCAAUUUGAUAUGUUGAUUGCAGCAUGAUAUGGAUUUUAGCCUCAGGGGAAAAAUCCAGGCUCUGAAUUGAAAGAGUAUGUGAUUUAACAAAAAUGUACUAACAAAAAAAGAGUUGUGUUACACUUACCACGUUGGUGACGCUCUUGAAUCAAAAUGCAACACUUCAAAAUGUAGCCAUCUGUUUACAUCUAUUACUAUUUAU